GUUGCAAGCAGCCCAGGCAGAGACCUAGAGCCGCAGCAGCUCUAGACCUUCCAGCAACCUGCCCAGAGAUCCACGUGGAGAAAAUCCUUCAUGCCACAUGUUUUCCGUGAGCCCUAAGACCACAGCUAUCCACAGUGUCAUCUGAGAUCCUAAGAGUCACACACAGUUAUGGGAGAUUCUCCAGCCGACACCACUGAUGAAGGUGCAGACACAUGCUGCAGAGACACUCAGACUGACCUGGCAGAGAGAGUAGCAGCCAUAGAUGUUGCUGUUGGGCCUAAUAUAGAUGACCAAAAUGUUCAAGAAGCAAUAGAAGAGAAUGACACAGUCUUUUCUGACAGUGUAGCAGACAUGCAGAGGAAUGGGAUCCAUAGUGACAUGGUAACAAAUGAAUCUUUACCUUCACAAGACACAGAGGAUGUUAAUCAGAUGAAUGUUCCAAAGAAAGCUCCCACUAGGCCUGUUCUAUCCAGCAGAAAGUUGUCUCUUCAAGAAAGACCUACAGGAAGCUACCUGGCUUCUACCAAUGCUCCAGGCUAUGGUCCUUAUGCAACGGGACCUUUAACACAUAUCUCGCCACGUAUAGUGAGGAGACCAACGAUAGAGUCCAACCGGAUCGCCAUCUCAGAUUCUGAGGACUGUGUGCAAUUAAACCAAUACAAGUUGCAAAGUGAAAUUGGCAAGGGCUCCUAUGGUGUUGUGAAACUGGCCUACAAUGAGAGUGACGACAAGUAUUACGCUAUGAAAGUCCUCUCCAAAAAGAAGCUACUGAAACAGUAUGGAUUUCCACGUCGACCUCCCCCUAGAGGAUCCAAAGCAACUUCUGGUGGGCAGCUGAAACCAAUGGCACCACUGGAUAGAGUUUAUCAAGAAAUAGCCAUCUUAAAGAAACUGGACCAUAUCAACAUUGUGAAGCUGAUUGAGGUACUGGAUGAUUCUGCAGAGGACAAUCUGUACAUGGUGUUUGACCUUCUGCGUAAGGGUCCUGUCAUGGAGGUGCCAACUGACCAGCCAUUCACUGAAGAGCAGGCUCGGCUCUACUUUAAGGACAUUGUCUUGGGCAUAGAGUACUUGCACUAUCAGAAGAUCAUUCACCGGGACAUCAAGCCUUCCAACCUGCUCUUGGGAGACGAUGGGCAUGUCAAAAUAGCUGAUUUUGGAGUCAGUAAUCAGUUUGAAGGGAAUGAUGCCCAGCUUUCCAGUACUGCCGGGACACCAGCCUUUAUGGCUCCAGAGGCAAUUUCAGAUUCUGGCAAAAGCUUCAGUGGAAAGGCACUUGAUGUAUGGGCCAUGGGAAUUACUUUGUAUUGCUUUGUAUAUGGGAAGUGCCCUUUUAUAGAUGAAUACAUUCUGUCUCUCCAUAACAAGAUCAAGAACAAGGCGGUGGAGUUCCCAGAUGAGCCACAGAUAAGUGAAGAGCUCAAAGAACUGAUCGUUAGGAUGCUGGAUAAAAAUCCAGAAACGAGGAUAACGGUUCCUGAGAUUAAGUUGCAUCCCUGGCUAACAAAGUUUGGGGAGGAUCCGCUGCCUCUGGAGGAAGAGCAUUGCACUGUGGUGGAGGUGACUGAGGAGGAGGUGAAGAAUUCCGUCAAGACAAUCCCAAGCUUGCCAGCUGUAAUUUUAGUGAAGGCCAUGCUAAGGAAACGCUCAUUCGGAAACCCAUUUGAGGUUCAGGCCAGAAGGGAAGAGAGGUCCAUGUCUGCUCCAGGAAACCUAUUAAUGGACAGGUUCCUCUUAAGCUCAUCUGUAUAUUUGCAUCCAUCUUUAAGAAAGCAAGGGAGCAGAGAAGGAGUAAAGGACCCUGAUCUCCCUGACGUCUGUGAAGAUGAGGCUACCUCCUGAAGCCAUGUGCAUGUCCUGGAUUGGUUAUUUACUCCUGUUGUAACCAUUGUGUUGUGUCGCACACAUUCUGCUCUCAUGAACCAAAGUUUGUGACCUGAAAAACUGAAAUUGAAAAGAGGAAACAACCAACAACAACUAACAGUGCGAGUUCUUUGGAAAUGGUUUACUCAUGGAAUGCUAUGUUGUAUUACUGGCUUCAUUCAACGUGUAAGAUGUUUCUCUGUAUUUGACAUGUGCCUCAUUCUCCAUUUGUGCUUCAGCCUACGUUAUGUGGUCAUUAUAGUCUGGUAUCUUGACCAAUGAAUGUCUUUUUAUUUAUAAUUCAGAGAACCAAACUUUAUCUAAUAGAGUACUUGCCAUCAAGAUGUUUUCCAGCUUUUUGCAUUCUGCAUUCAAAGUACCAAGAAAAAAGAUAUGCAGUAACCAGGUCUCCUGUCUUAGGUUAACUUUUAUUUAUUACUCAAGCACUUAAAUUUACUGGGGAACAGUCUUACUUCUGCUGAAGUCAAUGGCAAAAUUCCUGUUGACUUCUGUUAAAGUAGGAUGAGAUCUUCCACUGUGUAAUUCUUUGUGCUUUUCGUUUUUUCUUAUUUUUGCAUUAUAUAACUCCUUUUAACAUAUAGGGCCACAUUAGUCAUUUUAGUACAAUAUUGGAAAUAUACGGUAUUGCCACCCAUCUGCAUUGAGCUUUUGAGUGUCCCAGAACAGUUAAAGGCCUUGAUAUCCAUCUGAAUAUGAUGGUUUAGUGCACCAAGAGCAUUUGCUUAUAGUACUUAGUGUGUCCAGAUAGCAAGUGUGAAAAAUCGGGACACGGGAUGGGGGGUAAUAGGAGCCCAUAUAAAAAAAGCCCAAAAUAUCGGGACUGUCCCUAUAAAAUCGGGACAUCUGGUCACCCUAAGUGUACUUGCUUAUAGAGUCUACUGUUCCCAGAGGGCUGGGAUUUGAUUCCAUUUGUGUGCUAAUGUGUGGACAGGAAUUUGUAUUUACAGAUCUGAAAGCAUGAGACAAUGGAUUUUAUUUGUCACUUAAGGCAAUCUGAUUCUCCUUUCCCACUCACCUUCCAGUCCCCCCAUAAGAGAGAGACAGUAUGUGUGUUUGAUUAUAGCUUGAGUUUUUUACCUAACUGUUGUUUACUGGUGAAUGCCCUGAAAUAGGACAUUUUCCUAUAAGAGAGUAUGUUAGUAUAUGAUUCUUAGAGGUUAAGCAAGAGACCCAGAAAAGCUACAGGACAAAAGUUGAGUUAAAUUAAACUCAUUUGUGUAGCAUUUCAAUACUUUAGGUUUUAUGCACUUGGCCCUUUGCUGUGGCAUGCUGCUGUAACAUCCCCAAUAUGGUUUUAAUAAUAUGCAUGAAUCUUCAGUGUUGUCAAAUUAGGAAGUCAGAGAUUUGUUUGGCAUCCCAAGUCAACAGCAAUGGAGGCUGAAACCACUACAAAAGUAGUUAUGUCAUGUCCUAGGUUAUGUCCUGCUGCAGUUCCACAGGAGAGAAAGAAUAGCUGCCAGUAGGAGUUCUGAGAUGAGAUUGUCAUGUUGCACAGCUGUAAAUUUGGAGUAAUUCAUUCACUUCAAUGGAGUUACUUCAGAUUUACAUUAGGGUUGAUGUGUUUAGUCUCUCAGGCAAGUACAAAGGUGUGUGCACACUUCUAUAGGUGUGCUUCUUGUCCUAUCCUCAGAGGUUAAGAACAACAAUUUUUCUCCCUUCUCUAUCUAACAACCUUGUAUGUUCUUGAAAACUGUUAUCAUGUCCCCUUCUCAGUCUUCUCUUCUCCAAACUCAACAAACCCAAUUUUUUAAAUCUUCCCUUAUAGGUCAUGUUUUUUAGACCUUUAAUAAUUUUGUUGCUCUUCUCUGGACUUUCUCCAAUUUGUCGACAUCCUUCCUGAAAUGUGGUGUCCAGAACUGGACACAAUACUCCUGUUGAGAUCUAAUCAGCACAGAGUAGAAUGGAAGAAUUACUUCUCGCGUCUUGCUUACAAGACUCCUGCUAAUACAUCCCAGAAUUAUGUUCACUUUUUUUGCAACAGUGUUACACUGUUGACUCAUUUAGUUUUUGGUCCACUAUGACCCCCAGAUCCCUUUCUGCAGUCAGGGCCGGCUCCAGGGUUUUGGCCGCCCCGAGCAGCCAAACAAAAAACAAACAAACAAAAAAAGCCGCGAUCGCAAUCUGCAGUGGCAAUUCGGUGGUAGGUCCUUCGCUUCGAUCAGGAGUGAGGGACCGUCCGCCAAAUUGCCGCCGAACAGCUGGACAUGCCGCCCCUCUCCGAAGUGGCCACCCCAAGCACCUGCUUCGUAAGCUGGUGCCUGGAGCCGGCCCUGUCCUCAGUACUCCUUCCUAGGCAGUCAUUUCCCAUUUUGUAUGUGUGCAAUUGAUUGUUCCUUCCUAAGUGGAGUACUUUGCAUUUGUCCUUAUUGAAUUUCACCCUGUUUACUUCAGAGCAUUUCUCCAUUUUUUCCAAAUCAUUUUGAAUUUUAAUCCUAUCCUCCAAAGCACUUGCAACCCUUCCCAGCUUGGUAUCGUCCACAAACUUUAAGUGUACUCUCUAUGCCAUUAUCUAAAUCAUUGAUGAACAUAUUGAACAGAACUGGACCCAGAAGUGAUCCCUGUGGGACCUCACUCAUUAUGCCCUUCCAACAUGACUGUGAACCACUGAUAACUACUCUCUGGGAACAGUUUUCCAACUAGUUUUGCACCCACCUUAUAGUAGCUCCAUCUAGGUUGCAUUUCCCUAGUUUGUUUAUGAGAAGAACAUGCGAGACAGUAUCAAAAGCUUUACUAAAGUCAAAAUAUACCACAUCUACCGCUUCCCCCGCAUCCAGAAGGCUUGUUACCCUGUCAAAGAAAGCUAUCAGGUUGGUUUGACAUGAUUUGUUCUUGAGAAAUCCAUCCUGAUUGUUACUUAUCACUAUGUUUAUCUAUGUCAACAAAAAGGGCAAAUAAAGUCAAAAGGCAGGAGUAUUUUCCAUUAUUAUGCAUUUAAGUGCAAGUUAUGCAGUUUUUCUGUGAGGAAGGCAGCUAGAAUAUGCAUUGUUUCAGAGAGAAAAGUGGUAAAUUAAGGAUGGUCAGGAUGAGAAAGUAGGUUUUUUGGCCCUUUUUAGGGUGUGAAUGAGAUAAAAUGUUAUAAACCCCUUGUUUAUAUCUUAUAUUCCCUCUAUUUUCCUCCACUUCUCAUUUUUCAUAGAAUCAUUAAUUUUUAAGGCCUGAAGGGGCAAUUUUGAUAAUCUAGUCUGACCUCCUACAGAACAAAGGACAUAGAAUGUCAUCCAUUUUCUUCACCACAUGCCGCUCUUUUAUGAUUACAUAUGUUAACAGGCAUCUCUGCUAGCAUCAUUUUGUCAGUGUCGGGGUUAUAGUUAUUUUUUAUUGCACAGAAGUGUUGUUUUGAAAAAUGCAGAUUCAGUGUAGCAAGAGGUAGGCAGACCAGUAGCCUUUAUGUCUAUGGUCUAGUUGUAGAGCACAGGACUGGGAGUGAGGAAAUGGAAGUUCUCAUCUCAAUUCUGACAAUGACUCUCAGUGUGAAGUUGGGCAAGUCACUUAACUUCUCUGUGCCUCAGUUUAUCCAUCUGGAAAAGGGGGAUAAUAAUACUCCCCACUUCACAGGGGGAUGUGAAUUUUAAUCAAAGUUUGCAUCGUGCUUCAAUAGCACCUUCUAUCUACGGAUAACAAAAUACUGUAAUUUAUUAUAUUUAUGCUACAGAGUAGGAAUCAUAAAAACAGGUGUCUUAAAUCAGCCUAGUCUUGGAGUUAUUGUUGUAUUUCUUUUUUUGUAAAAGGAAUGGUGCUGAUGGAAAAUUAAUUUACUCUUUUCUUCAGCUCAGGCAAGAAGUCUGCAGAGAAGAAUUUGCCAAUUACAAUAUUAUGGAGCAUUAUUUCUCAGCAGAGGUAUUCUCCUUGAGUUCACUUGGGCUCUAGCCUUGUCUAUAGUCAAAGUUGCACUGGUUUUAACUGAGGUGCGACUUUAAACCAUUUAAUUAUAUGGGUGCCAAAAACCUUAGUGGACACUCUGAAUUCAAUUUUAUACUUAGUUUAUAUCAAUAAACUUAAUAAGGAAGUUAACUUUGAAUAUAGCACUUGACGUCUAUCUACACUAAGGAAAUCUUCCAGUUCAGCUUCAGUGGAGUUAGCUGAUUUGGGGGAUGAGAAUUAAGAUUAUUUCUUAAACUAAUGGAUUUAUAGUUCAAUAACUAUCCAUUUUGAAAUUAUGGAGGAGAUUUUUCAAAGGACUCCAGUGGAGUUAUGCACUCAAUUUCCAGUGGGAUUUGGGAACCUAACUCCUUUAGGACUGCUUUGAAAAUCCCAGCCUCAAUUAAUAAAACAAAUCAAAAUCUUAAGAUUUUUGGGAAGAGUAGGCUUUCUGUACUAUUUCCUUAGCUAUAGGACACUGUGUUGCUUUUAUAGUCUUUUAAUCUCUUAAAUUCUCCCCAAAGUUGUUUUUAGAAAAUGUUCAAUGUUCCUUUAAAAAAAAAACAUAAUAGACCUGUUUCUUCCAAUCCAGACAAAAAUGAAUUCUGCUUCAGAGACUUUGUCAUCUCUGGCUUUCAGCCCAAGAUUUCUUUUCCUUUAGAUGACAAGAAAUCAUCCUAAUUCUAUCACACAAAGCAAUCUUAAAAUCUGCACACAGUUCAAAAAGGGGAAAUUAUGCUAGCAUCAAAAGAAGUCUAAUAAUUUCUCUGCAUGUCUAGAGGGAAUGCUGUGAAACGACAUUCCACUUCUGUCAUCCUAUCAGAGUGAAAUGUACCACAUGUUUGCAGCAGUGUUAGUGUAGCUUGGAGCAAUAGUGCCUUUCUACUAUGGGACAGGAGCAGAUUAAAGGAUAUAAAAUUUAUUUAUUUUUCAAAUUAGCCUUUCAUCUUUGACAAUCCAGCCCUAUCCAGAAUGGAUGAAAAUCAUUCUCUUUACAUAAAUAUCGGGCAUUGGGAUGAUCUGCAGAGCAGGGGGGAGGACUGGAAUAGUCAGUUUCUGAUGUCUUUGUGCAAUCCCUACAUUUUGUAUUCAAAAUCUUCCACCACCAUUUAUAUACUAGACAGCAUUGUUUCUGCUGUAAGGGUAUCCUGCAGCUAGGGUGACCAGAUGUCCUGAUUUUAUAGGGACAAUCCUGAUUUUGGAGUAUUUUUCGUAUAUAGACUCCUAUUACCUCCCACCCCGUCUUGAUUUUUCACACUUGCUUUCUAGUCACCCAACCUGCAGAAGAGGGUGCCUGUAUUAAUCAACAUGUGUGUUCUCAAGUCCACAUCUGUGAGAAACACUUCUAACAGUUUUUUGUAAAGCAAAUGGUUAUUUGUCACUUCUUAUAAUUUAGUCAAGUUGUAAUUAAGUUAUGUCUAAUUUGAGAAGCCUUCAAAGAAAUUUCUCUUGUGGAGAAAUAACACUUUUUAAUCUGCAUGAAGUACAUUUUUUAAAAAAUGAUUAAUAGGUCUAAGCUCUUAGCUUGAGAGAUAACUCUUGGUAAAGUUUGUCAAGUCUGUUAGCAAGGACAGCCAUAUUAGAGAUCUUUAUCAUUUUGGGUGGAAGUAUUUCAAUACGAACACGACACUUUAAAAAAAACCAAAUUCCCAUUGUUUUCAGAUGCUUAUCAUUACAUUGUAGAGUCUGAGUGAAGCAUGUACAGUGACUCUUAAUGUUUAUAACACCAUCUCAUCCCACUAUGCAUGUGUACUAUAGCUGCUGUUGUGCCGUGGUUUCCUGGCCAUUUGUCUGUGACAAAGAAUAAUGUGUAUUUGCUGGUAAUUGUGUCAUAUCUGCAUGAUUCCACCUUUGAGCAGCAAAGGUCUAUAAAAACACCAAGCAAAUCAGCCAUGUUAGAUUUUGCCAGUUGUCUUUCAGACUGCUGGAGACUUUGACAGUGCAAAGUAAAGAAACAGACAUUUACAGUAUAGCCUUUCCAGUUUGAGUCACAUAAUCAGCUCCUAUAAUUGUUGUCUACAAGAGAAUUUAGUGCAUAUGCAGCAUUAAUCAUGACUUUAGAUUUAGAUUUUUCUAUGGUUCUUUUCAGUGUCUUGAGAUUUUUGAAAUAAACAAAAAUCCUCUCUUUUGUAGGUUAAAAAGAUAAUGAAUCAGGUGCCACAAAGAUCUCUGUAAGACCCACCUGUUUAUUUACCAUAUAUAAUAUUAUAUAUAACAUAUAAAGCAUAAUUUGAAAAGUGGCUAACAUUAAUAACAUGUUCACAGAUUUUCUUUGGCUUUCACUCCUUUGGUGACAACAGUUUUGUAUCUUGUUUGAGUAGCUUCUGACAAGACACUCGUCUGUUGGUUUUUUACUUUACUUUAAAUUGCCAGUGGGUUGCAUGUCAGGGCAGUCAUUGAGUUUCAAAGAUGUUAGGCAACUUAGAGGUCAUUUUUGUUGUUAUUUUAAGAGGAAAUGGGAUGCUAGCUUGAUUCAUUUUAUUUGCAAAUUGGGUACAAUUUGAAACAUUCUGAUUAAGGUCUUAUACUGUUCAAAUUGAAGACAAUGGAAGUUUUGCCACUGACUUAGUGGGAGUGAGAUCAGGGUCCUAAUUGACUAACAAGUAGCUCUGAUAAUCUUGAAAAGAAAGCUUUAAAAAUAACUCAUUUGUUCUGUUUGUUGUAGCUGUUAUAUCGGUCUUCCAAGCAGGUGUUUAUAGCAAAGCAUAAGCUCUUAUGUAAACUUCUCUUUGGAGACAGCAUAAUUGAACAUGGUAGCCAUGAGAGGAGACCCCUUGAACUGCUUACAUUUCCAGAAACAAGGAAAAAGAGAGAAUGCGAGGAUUUUUCUUUAGUUACUGUGUAUGAUAAACCUGUGCCAUGUUGGUUGCAAUGGAUUUCAUUAAAGGAAUUUCACUGUUCCAUGGAUCAUGAUGUCAAAGCAGUAAAAUUGUAAAUAAAUCUACCUCCUUUGAUGGGCAGUUGCAAUCUUAAUUGUAAUAUUUAUUUCAGGAAAGCAUGGACUGUGAGUCAAGUUUAAAUUCAAGAAACUGGGGGGGGGGGGAGGAAAUCCCCUUAUAGUAAGAUUUUCUAGGCCUUUAACUGCACCAACUGAACAGAGGCUAAGUUAAGUUCAGAGAUGUGCUGUCGUGUGAAAUAGAUUACGUUCAUCAAAGUAAGCAUGAGGGCUGUAGAGAAUGUACCCCUUAAAGCCCAGAUUUUGGUCUUUGUAAUACUGCUAUAGCAGCUAGAGUUACUGUGUGUAAGUUCAAGUGACACUAAUUUAUUUUAAAUGAAAAUAUAAGAGUUACAUGAAAUCAACAUAGAUGUCUUUCUACUGAAGAGUUUCUAACUUACUAUGCAGUUUUACUGCAUGCUCCCAAUUCUAGGCUAAUAAAUUCUUUUGACAAGUAAAUCAAAUUCAGAUGAUAACUUGGCCUCUUUGUGAGCCCAGUCUUGUAAGGUGCUGAGUGCUCGUGGAAACUAAAUGUGUGGUUUUUGUAUACGUGAAGUGUGUCACUUUUUUAUCGGCAUUACAUGCAUAUGUGAAUGUGCACUCUAAUUUAUGGAGGAGACCAUUUAAAUUUACAUAUUAGUUUAUAAAGGAGUCUAUACAUGAUCUAUUAUGAGUUUUAAUAUCAUUUGGAUGUAAGUGACAUAUUUCUGUUCCACAUGGAUCUCCUGGGAGGUAUGGUGUGCCCUCAACACCCAUUGAUUUCAGUGGGAGUUCACAUAACUCAGCACAUUGCAGGAUCCGGCGCUAGAAAAGAAUUUAACAAUGCAAGGAUAAAUAAUCCUGUAUUAAUCUUAGUCCUAGAGCCUUACAGCAUAAAUAAAAUGAAAUCUAAAUUGUAUUGGGAAUUCAGUAGAAAUUUUUCUGACAAAUGCUUUUUAAAGGUGUACUCCACCUUGAAAUCUCUGUAAAACAAAGAGGAUUCUGUUACAACAGCAUUCCUUACUUAGGCAGAUUGGUACUGUAGGUGGGAAGCAAAUGGGAAGCAAACUAUCUAUAGAUCAGGGGAUGCACCAUAUAAGAGUCUUAAAAUGAGGAGAGAGGGCAGGGUAUAGUUCUUUCUUAGAGGCAAAAUGAACUGUAGUGCAACUAAAAGAAAGAAAGAAAGUCCCCAUAACAGAUUUUACUAUUCAUUACUUGUCCAGCCAGCUCACAGUUAAGAUUAGACAUUCUGUAGUCCUUAAAAAAGCAAAACUCACAGGGGCUCCAAAUGACUAUCUAAAGUAUGACUUGAAAUUUGUUUUCUUGUGUUUUGUGAUAAAUUGCAACAUGAGAUCCUUUAAAGUCUGGGUAUAUAUGUGUUGUUUCUUCUCAUGAUUAGUCCAGGAGGAUCAAACAAAGCUGUAUUCACAUUGUUCACGCAUACCUAUCUCUCAGUAAAAGCCACCAUUACCCGCUCCCCCUCAAAAAAACUACACACACACCCCAACACACCUUCUUUCUCCCCAUCAUCAGCAAGUCAAAGAGCUGUAUAGAAAAUGUGCAAAAAGGAAAAAGUCUCCUCAGUAUAACAUAGAUCUCAGGUCUCCUAUGUAGAGCAGCAAGUUGUGUAUGUGACAGAUCAUUUGUUGCAUGAUUGCAAAUUAAACUUCAGUGUCAUGGCUAGCAAGAGAUUUUCAAGACUUAUACAGCAAAAAAUGUUACUUCUCCAAUUCAACUAAGAUUCCAUCCUGCAAGCUACUGAGCACUCUGUAUAUUGACAUCAGUUGAGCUACUCACAUACUUAAAGUUAAGCAUGAGCUUAAGUUAUUUCCAGGAUCUGGGCCAGAGUCCUCCACACUAUGUAGGAUCAAACUCCUAGAUCCUUGCUGCAUGCUGAUCAGGUGUAACUUAGCAGUUCCUGAUCCUUGAUGCUAAUGCAAAAUGUUUGUGAUUUGAGACAAGGAGGAGACAGAAGAAAAGAGAAUAGUCUCUCCAUAUAGAGGGCAUCUAAAUACUAAUCUAAAUGAAAACUAGGAAAGUGGAGUUGCUAGAACUUGUGGGCACUUUUAUUGUGUUUUAAUUAAAAAGAUUAGCAGCUCUUACAGUAUUUCAGAUUUUUACAGCAUUUCUUGGGGCUGGGAGGCAUCUAGUGAAUUUUUGUAUAGAGCAUUAUGAGUUACCGCAGAUUCUCCUUUUCACCUGAAAACGUUUACACAAUUGAACAAAAAGUGAAAGCGUUCUCUUUCCUGGGCCAGAACACUGUACAAAAACACAAAAGAUCUGCUUCAUUCAGAACUCUGGAUGUGCUGGCGUGGGGGAAAGAGAGGAAGUAGCAAUUUAUCCCUAGCUUUUUAUGCAGGAAUAACCUUCAUUCACUGAAUCAAAGUCACUUAAGCUUUGCAUUUCCUCAAGCUGAGGAAUGCGCCUUCGUUCAACAUUCCUUCUCCAUAAAGUGUUUCCAACACUACAGUUUUCAAAAAGAAUGAUAAAAGCUAAAUAAAUUAUAAUUUUCAGGGUACAAUGCUAAUACUGUGUGCCGUAAUUUUGCUGCUCUGUACCUGAUUUAUAUGCCUGUUCUGUGUUGGUAUUCACAUCUGUUGCGCUAUUUGGUGUGAGGUAUAGCAACCUAUGUAUUCUACUAUAACUGAAGCAUGAUGUAUAUGCGCUUUGUAUUGUGAUGGCAUGUGGCCAUUACGGUGUAAAUAUGUACUAUUAAGAGAGAGGCUAUUUUUUGCAUGCUUUUAUACUCUGGAACUGAAAGGAAAAUGACAAUAAAGUCUAUAGAAACUCCUA